AUGACUAAAGCUCUUUUUCAGAGCACUCCUGAUUGCAGAGAAUAUAUUUAUAGCUUGGAAAAGAGUAGUGAUGCUUACAUUUUUAAGUGGAAAAGCGUUGAUAGCGAUGAAACUGUAAUUAAUCUUGGUAACUUAAAGUUGGAUGAGAUAGACUAUAAGUUUGCUAUUGCUGAUGUCUUGCAGUCUGCUUCAUCGGAGUUAUUGAGCUUAAACGAAAAAGUUCACAGUUUAAAUGCUUCUUUGCAAGAGAGUGAAAACAAGAAAACAGAAGCUGUCAAUCUGCUUGCUUUAUCAACUGAUGCAAAGGAAAAUUUGGAAAGAGAAAUGUAUGCAAAGUUUAUUUUAGUGCUGAAUGAAAAAAAGCGUAAAAUUAGAGAAUUGCAACUUAAUAAAAAAUCUCAUAGCCGUUCAUCAAACAAUAAGAGGGAGAAAAGUUGUGAAAAUAAAAAAUCUUAUCAUCAGUACAGUGAAUCUUCUGAUGAAGUAGAUGGAAAUCUUGAAACUGCCAACAAACCUGCACCAUCAACUUCAUCAAAAAGAAGUUCUAUGUUAUUUUUUGAUGAUAUUGAAUCAGAUGUUCCUAUCAAACAAAGCAAAAUGCGUAAUAGGAAAGCUAUCAAUGUAGCAGAAUCUACAUCAAACGAUUUUAAAAUUGCUGAAAAGACAGAAGAGAGAUUCUUUCAGUGUAUUAAUGAGGAAGAUGAUUUGCUUAAUUGUAUGUGA